AUGGCUCCAAUCGCAAUCCCCGUUCACGAACACAUUCAGGAGAAGGAUACUGUCCAGCCGCGGAAAGACUCGCUGGGAUUGCCAGAGCCAGCCAGGAAGAGACUCGAGAAGGCGGGAAUCGAUCUGUCGGCCGGCUAUCCGUACAGACCAGCAAAACCACUCUACCUUGACGAUGUGUACAAAAUCAGGGACUAUGAUCGUGAGCACAUCGAUCCGGGUGCCCGAGCCGAUCCAGAGAAGCAAGCGCUGUUUAGUGCUGCGAAGGAAGUCAUCCAUUUGACCUCACACAUCGGAACUGAGAUCGUUGGACUUCAGCUGAAGGACCUUACCGACCAACAAAAGGAUGAGCUUGGUCUUCUGAUCGCUGAAAGAAGCGUGGUGUUUUUCCGUGAUCAGGAUCUCUCGCCUCAAGAGCAGAAGAAGCUGGGCGAGUAUUAUGGCGAAAUUGAAGUCCACCCGCAAGUUCCAUUCGUACCCGGUGUGCCAGGGGUGACUGUUCUGUGGCCCGCUCUGCAGGCGACGGAAGUGCCAGCCAGCUUCCGGAAGACGGGUGGUGCAUCUAGAUGGCACACUGAUCUGGUACACGAACGCCAACCUGCUGGCGUAACCCAUCUCCACAACGAUACCAUCCCCAAGAUCGGAGGUGACACCCUCUGGGCUUCAGGCUACGCUGCGUACGAGAAACUUUCUCCUGCUUUCCGAAAGAUCAUCGAUGGCAGAGAAGCAGUGUACCGCAGUGCGCACCCGUACCUCGAUCGUGACGAUACUAGCGCUGGCCCUAAGCACAUCGAACGCGUUCAUCCGAUCGUUCGUGUCCACCCGGCAACCGGAUGGAAAGCUCUGUGGGUCAACCGCGCCUUCACAGAUCGCAUUGUCGGAUUAGACAAAGCUGAAAGCGACGUCAUUCUCAACUACCUCUUCGAUGUGUACGAAAACAACGUCGAUAUCCAGGUCCGGUUCCGCUGGACGCCAGGAACUUCGGCAUUGUGGGAUAACAGAAUUACAAUCCACAACGCGAGUUGGGAUUAUGGAGGAAUUGAGCCGAGGCACGGAACAAGGGUUACGUCGUUGGCGGAGAAGCCGUACUUUAAGGCCGAUGCACCGACUCGCAGACAAGCAUUGGGCCUCGCAGGACCUGAGGAUGUUUAG